AUGGCCAACACCAAGUCUGCUGUCUUCCUUGUGGACACUUGUAUGGAUUUUCCUGCAUCAACAAGUGGUUACAGCAGCGGCGAAGUGCGGGAAAGGACAUGUAGUCUGAAAGAUGUAAGGAAGAUUUAUGCAUCAAGAAUUGCUGCAGUAGAUGAUGAAGCACACAAGAGAAUUGUAUUCCUCGAAGCCAAAUUAAAUUCAAUUGAACAGAAGACUGCGGGUUGGAAUAACAAAGAAGCUCAAUGGAGAAAAAUGGAAGCAGAGCUACGAUCAGAAGUUAAGAAGCUGAAAAAGAAGAUAGCUAAUAUGGAAAGCACGACCAAGGGUGAACAGAUAAAGUAUAAUGUGGCUUCUCAGGAGCAUUAUAUACCUGGUCAUAAGAUCUACCAAGAAUACCAUGGACAUGCACCUUCUUGCAGCUUCAGGCAUCAGGGACAAAUGCUAGUUAAUGGUGGCCGUAUAUUUGACAUCGACGGUGGUAGACAGAUUGUAUUAGUUGCACGUAGGCUCUCAGGUGUUGGUGGAGCGUUUGUGCUUACGCAAAUGAGCCUACAUUCGAAUGAGAUUGAUGAUAUUCUGUUGCCUCCUACCAGUAGAGCAAUUAAAGAUCUUCACAUUUCCCCUCACAAUAAUGGGCUUGCUGUAUUUGGUUCUCUAGGAAAAAAACUGUCUGUUAUAAGCUUGGAGAGCCACAAUACUGUCUUAUCUUAUGAUCUACCGGCUGCUCCUUGGUCUUGUUCUUGGGAUCGCAACAGUUCUCACCAUAUUUAUGCUGGACUACAGAACGGAAUGGUUUUAGUGUUUGACAUGCGUCAAACCAUUAGACCUUUCGCAUCAUUGACUGGCUUAAGAAGCAAUCCAGUUCAUACUAUCCAUCAUCUCUCCCCCGAUUCCACUCCGACUUCUGAUGUCCGUUCCCUCUUAUCCGCUUCUUCCAUCGGGUUGUGUCAGUGGAACAUUACUGGCAGCGAGGGAAGGCCAUCAUUGGUUUCUGAGACAGAAAACCCAGGAGUUUGCAUAUCUUCUUCGUAUUGUCCUCGCAGCGAUCAUGUAGUUGCUACUUAUAGACCGAGAGUUGGAUCUUCUGAUGAUACAAUCCCGACUCAGCCUUCGUUGACUCAAACAGGAGUUAACAGUAUAGGUGUAGAUGGAUUUCAUGUUUGUCUCAAGAGAAGAGGUGUUGAUUCUCAUUAUCAGAAACUGUCAUCCACACGUGCUUCUGUAGAUACCAUCCGGUUGCCAAGAACAGCUAUUAUAGACUUUGGUGAGGAAAGGAAGCAACUUUUUGCAUCCUGUGACGAAUCCGCUCGCGAACUCAUCUUGCAAGAUCCUUCGUCUUUUAUUGUCUCUCAACGGUUCCCAUUGGCAAGUCAUCAUCCGCUUCAAGACGUGAAAUAUGCUCACGUGAAUGGUUCCGGCAUACUUGGUCUUUUAACCGAUGAUAGAUUGCAGCUUCUUAGGAACGAAUCGCCAUGA